AACCACGCUAGGGCGCACGUCGGCCUCUCUCAGGUAGAGCCACCCGAGGGAAGCCCGGCCGGGCAGCUGGCCCGGGGAAGGCAGCUCGGGUCAAGGGGCGGAACCAGCGCGGACCGGAAGUUUAGCGGCUGCACCGCCCGGCGGAGCCGUUGGCCGCGCACGCCGGAAGUGGCGGUCGGCCGGCCGAGGCGGCGCCCGUAGUGUGGAGCGUCGCUCGGGCGGGCGGCGACAUGGAGCCCGGGGCGGCCGAGUUGUACGACCAGGCCCUGCUGGGCAUCCUGCAGCACGUGGGCAACGUCCAGGACUUCUUGCGCGUUCUCUUCGGCUUCCUAUACCGCAAGACCGACUUCUACCGACUGCUGCGCCACCCGUCGGACCGCAUGGGCUUCCCGCCCGGGGCCGCGCAGGCCCUGGUGCUGCAGGUAUUCAAAACCUUUGACCACAUGGCCCGUCAGGACGAUGAAAAGAGGAGGAAGGAGCUGGAAGAGAAAAUCAGAAGAAAGGAAGAAGAAGAGGCCAACACUGUGGCAGCUGCUGCAGCCGAGAAGGAAUCAGUCCCAGUCCCAGUCCAGGAAAUAGAGAUUGACUCCAUCACAGAAUUGGGUGGGCCUGGAGAAGUAGAGAAAGUGCAGCCUCCAGGCUCACAGGAUGCUGUGCAGGAGGUGGCCCACAGCUCAGAGAAGGCAGAAGCUCCAGGAGCAGUUGCUGGUGCUGCUGAAGUUGCUAGGGAAUCACCACCUCUUCCCAGGAUUCAGGAGCAGUUCCAGAAAAACCCUGACAGUUACAAUGGUGCUGUCCGAGAGAACUACACCUGGUCACAGGACUACACUGACCUGGAGGUCAGGGUGCCAGUGCCCAAGCACGUGGUGAAGGGCAAGCAGGUCUCGGUAGCCCUGAGCAGCAGCUCCAUCCGUGUGGCUAUGUUGGAAGAAAACAGGGAGUGUGUCCUCAUGGAAGGGAAGCUCACCCACAAAAUCAACACCGAGAGUUCUCUCUGGAGCCUUGAGCCAGGGAAGUGCGUUUUGGUGAACCUGAGCAAGGUGGGUGAGUAUUGGUGGAAUGCCAUUCUGGAGGGAGAGGAGCCCAUCGACAUCGACAAGAUCAACAAGGAACGCUCCAUGGCCACUGUGGACGAAGAGGAGCAGGCGGUCCUGGACAGGCUCACCUUUGACUACCACCAGAAGCUGCAGGGCAAGCCACAGAGCCAUGAGCUGAAAGUCCAUGAGAUGCUGAAGAAGGGGUGGGAUGCUGAAGGCUCUCCCUUCCGAGGCCAGCGAUUUGACCCGGCCAUGUUCAGCAUCUCCCCAGGGGCCGUGCAGUUUUAAUGACCGGAAGGGAAGGAAACUCUCGCCAGCGGGGAGGCGGCGACCUUGUCUUCGGCAGUCCCCCUCGGCGCCCUGCAUGCCAGGGACUUGCUCAUCUUGUUCACCCCUAGCCAUCCUUUCUUUCAAGGGUGAACCAGGCCUUCCACCCUGAUCUUGCAUCUCCAGACUGUUCUAGAGAAGGUGUGGGGCCUGCUGCUGCGUGGCAGCCGCUGUGGCCAAUGCUGAGUGGAGGUGUUUGAGAUGCAGGAAGGAGACACCCCAACAAAUGGGGAUUACAUGCUUUUGUCUCCACAGUAACCAGCCACUGCAGGCAGCAUUUCUUUUCUCCCCUGCUCUCUGUUUGCUGCUGUUUUGACGCUGUCCUGUGGCUUUUCUUCUGGUUGGGGGUGGGGAGUUGUUGCUGGGCACUUCUUCAUUGAAGUAUGGGGAGCUCAGUGCUUGCAUGAGGGCAAGUAUGGACGGCUGUGUGGCUGUUGUGGGGCUGCUUUGGGAACCCCCUACUCCUCAGACCUCUUGUUGGGCACAUCCACAUGGAGUCUUACUCAUCCCUCUGUAAACGUGCUUGGGCUGCCUCAGCCUCAUAGGCAGAGCGGCGGAAGCUGGGGUCCUAGUUGCACGUUCUAGAUGCUGGGAGGUGGUCUUAGGUUCUGGCAUCUGGCCUAGGUGCAACGGGGAUUCUGUCCUGUGACUGUUCUGCCUUGCCUCGGUUCUUGUUGAAGUGAACUGAGCCCAGCUACCACUGCAUGGUAUACUCUGCUUGGCUCCGCAUGAUACCUCCUCUUUGGGUGCACCAUGUCAAAGCACGGGCAGGAGCAGAAAGUUGGGCGGCCUCAGGAGGAGACCACAGCAUGUGUCCAGCAGCCCAUCAGCAGAGCAUGUUGGCCACAGGUCCUGAGCAGCCUUGACCUCCAGGAGCCUCUGGCAGGAGGAGUUUCUGCACAGGACAUGAAGGCACAGCAUCCCACCGUGAUUGAAUCUGAGAGUGAAGACUGUCCUGUCCUCAUCCCUUGUGCCAGGCACAGGACUGUGCUGCCUUGUCCCACGUCUUCUCCAGGGACCAGCCACCGCCUCAGUACCUCCAAGCCUGUGCCCUGAGCCAUGGCUGCUGACAGACUCCACCUAAGGUGCGAAGACCUGAUUGUGGGGCAUGGCCUCAGGGCCCUGUGUCCCGAGUACUCACAGUGGCUUUCUGUGUGUCCGUCGCCAGCAGUGUGGUGCUGCCACUGCCUGGCACCAUCCAUUUGCCUGGCCAUCAACCUCAGUGCGUGGAGAAGUCAUAUUGCAGGUCUCAGCACCCUGGCACCACUUCUGGCCAGUAAGACUCUAAGAGAGCCUGCUCCCAGGAGGAGAGAACCCUGCCCUGCAAACUUUCUCUGUGAACACUGGGGGAUGGAGCUGUGGGAGAGUAAGCUGGUGGGUGGUCCUUCCAGAGGCUUCAACCUUCAGCUGCAUAGAUGGGAGCUGGUUUAUUGCAGCCAAUUUUGGGUGUAGAUUUCUGGUUAAAGUGGUGGCUGAUAGCCCUUGUAAGAAAGGAUCCCUGGGACAUGUCCUGUGGGUCUGGACAUGCUGUCUGAUCAUCAAGGGAGAACAGAGGGUCCCAAAUACUCUCUUUGGGAUGUGACAGCCCUAUUGUCUGAUGUUUGUCACCUAUGAGGGGUCCUGAGGGAGCCUUUGUCAUUUUUUCCUGGAGUUCCCAUCAAGGUCCUAGGAUUUGCACACAGCUGUCCCGUGUAAGCUUUCCCGCCUAAUUCGAGGUCUUACGGUGUGUGUGUGUGUGGUGUGUCCCCUGCCUUCUCUGUAGUCCCCCAGUUGCCCCCAUUUUACCCCCCACCACGUAGGCAGUCUUCCAGAAGGAGUGAUGAAGAAGAGAAGAUGCCCUAUACCUCCUUAUUUGGGAGACUUUGAGAGUCGUUCACUUCCAUGGUGACUUGUCUUCCUUUCACCCAAUUUUAUUUUCUGUGUUGCAUUUCUCCUCAGUCCCUGCCCUGCUUUAGUAAACAAAUGAUAAACCAGCGUCUAGGAAGAGUAGCUGGGGGCAGCGUGGGCUGUGUGGCAGGAGCAGCCACCCUGCAUCUGUUCCUUGUGCCCCUGGCAGUAUUUGGUGUGGUGUGGAGCGCAUCCUGAUGUGGCUCGCCCUGCAUGGCUCUCCCUGCAUGAUCGCCAUCUAGUGGAUAAUUCUGUGCCCCGAGGUGCCUCCCUGGACUAAUCUAGCCUCUGGAGCUGGUGCACCAUGCCUGUUUUCUCUUUUUAGACACGACAGCCGCAGUUUGGCCACUAAGUCCACCAGCUGAGGUCUGAGGAAAGCAGGGUGACUCGAUCCACUUUUCCAGGGCCAGGAGAGUGGAGUGUCCAGCCUGCAAAGCUGCUCCAGCUCCUCGGUGUUGGUUUGCAAUAAAUCUGUAUUUAAGCA